AUGUCGAUCCAAUCCUUAGUUAGCGAGGUUAAAAAAGAAAUCUUGUGCUCCGGCGAUUAUGAUACGGCUUGGCUUGCGAAGAUCCCACACCGGGAAAAUGGAAAUGGUCAAAAGUUCCAGAAUUGCCUGAAUUGGAUUGUUAAGAGCCAGAAAGAGGGAAGGUUUUGGGGAGAAACCGAAGAAGACGAUAACCGACUGAUCUCCAUUGAUGUUUCGCCUGCAACUCAUGCUUGCUUAGUGGCUCUCAAAUCAUGGAACGCUAGCCAAAAUCAUAACUCUAUUGAGAAAG